ACAACAUCGCCUGCUUCACACAGUCACGAUGGAGGACGACGAGGAUGAUUUCUACGGCGGUGGGGGGAACGGCGUCAAGCAAGAGAGACACGCGGAUGCAGACGAGAAAGAAGAGCAGAUGGAUGUAUCCGAAGAUGGAUCCGAGGACGACGAUAGCGACGAUGAUGUUCAAUUCACGUUAGAGAAGCCAGAAGGCGCCAAAGCAGAGCCACCGCCAGGUUCGAAAGCAGCGCGACAACAGGCGAAGAUUGCAGCCUCGGCGGUCAGGGACGAGAAAGCGAAGAGUGGCACACCAGCCAUCAAGUCAGAGGCACAGCGAGCAGGCUCGGCAGCACCUCCCACUGCCGUCAAAGGCACACUGACACAUAAUGGCAAGGAAGGGAAAGACUUCCCCGAGAUCCGCACAAGCAAGCUUGAUGUGAACGCAAUACCAACGUGGCCAGCGAACGGUAAACCGAUCACAGAGCUCGAUAUCGACGCCGAUCUCGCCGAACACUCCAAGCCUUGGAGAUUGCCAGGUACCGACCAGACCGACUUUUUCAACUACGGGUUCGAUGAGUACACAUGGACGCAGUAUACCAUCAGGCAACAGAGUAUGUCGGACACGAUCAACCAGCAGAAGCAGGAGGAUGCCCAGAUGAAAGCUCUGUUCGGUAACGCUGGUGGUGAUGGGCAGGCAGGAGGCAUGGGUGCAAUGGGAGGAAUGCCUCAGGGCAUGCAGCCCGACCCUCAGAUGGCGAAGAUGGCACAGGACAUGGGAAUUCCCCUUGAGUUCUUCAUGCAGAUGAUGCAGCAGAAUGGCGGCAUGCCAGGCAUGGGCAUGGGCAUGGGAGGACAACAAGGGCAAUUCAAUCAGCCAGGCGGAGACUUUGGCGCGGGUCAGAAUAGUGUCAGCCCGCAGCCACAGGCAGGUCAAGGCUUCCAACCACCAUCAGGGCCAAGCGGCGGCGGCCAGCAAGGCCAGCAAGGCGGUUUCAACAUGGAAGGAUUCAGUCCACAGCAAAUUGCCAUCAUGCAGCAAGAACAGCAGGGUGGACAUAUGGGUGGUGGCGGUGGAGGAGGGCGCGGGGGGCGACGCCGAGGACGUUGGUGA